AUGUAUCGAAAAUAUGGUAAAUGCUCUGGAUGCAAUAAAAAAAAGUCCCUUAAAUAUGAGAACGUAGACUUGUGUACCAAUUGUUAUUCUGCACAAUUUCAGUCUGUUAAUAGCGGGAACUCAGAUAUUGAUAAUUUAAUUAAAGCAACACAGAAAAAUAAUAUUCAAUUUAGGUUAGAAUGGAUCUCAUUUGAAGAUUUUGUGGAUAUCCAGAAAGUUGCAGAGGGCGGAUUUAGUAUGAUAUUUACCGCUAAAUGGAGAAAAGGAAGAGUGAAGG